AAUGAAUUAUAGAGAAAUUAUGUUAUGGUUUUACAUUGGUGAUUACACAGUUGAUAACAGCCUCACAAGCCUCCCCAUGCUUCCAGCCCCUCUAUCAGCACACCACUUCACCAAUACAAACCAAUGAAAACCUAACAACAUUGCACAGCUCAUAUAUGUCUCACAAUAGUCUUCGAAGAGGCAGAGUAGCAAGAUAUCAUGCCAUGUCUAUCACGCGUCCCGGCAAGAUGCUCGCCUCGAGCGGCUCAGAAGGGAGGAGCCUCAGCCUUCCCUUCCUGCAGAUGCGUAGGAGAGUAGCGAGCGCUGGGAGGUUACUGUCGUGAUUCUUGGGAAAGACUUUAUUCGAUAAGUCCGUAUCUAUGAUUUCGUCGAGCAACCAAAGAAUCUCAGAACAACAAGAUGGCUCCAGAAUUUGAACGAUUUUCAAGGACGUUCUUGGGGGUAGGCUUACUCGUGCUGGAAGCUUCGGCACAAUCUUUGAAUUCCACUUGCGGUGAUCUGAUUACCUACAAUCAAUAUCCGGAUAUCAUUGGAGAUGCACCAACAUGUUUCAAGACUGGGUGUGGGUCGUCCCCUCUCACAUCAAUAUCAUCGGACUGUGAUCCAAAUUCAGCAUGCUUCCCCAUCUGGACCAUUCUGAACCAGAAAUGGCAAAAAGAGAACGACUGGUGCUCGAAAUGCCCAAAAGACAGAGCAUGCAGGAUCUCAGGAUGGCCAAUCUUCAACGCAACAGCUGCUUGCGACUUCUCCCCGAACACGUGGCUCUUCGGAAACGGAGGAUGCUGUAUCAACGAGAACGAGCCCGCAAGCCUAGCGAAGUGGAUCGAGACAACAUGCAACGAGAGUUGGAGAUCAAAGUACACCAAAUUCGAUGGACAGGCAAAGCGAGACUGGGUUGAGUACCUCUUCGCCUGGAACUGGACUGUGAGAGCGGAAAACAUUUCCGAAAGAAAUGUCCGACCGACGUGUUCUGCGAAGCCUUGGUACCUUGGCCUGUUUGUGAUUGAGAAUGUCAUUUUCCUGCUGUUUACUGUGUUCUAUGCUGCAGCGACAGUCUGGAUCGUGAGAGAGAAGCAAAGGACGCAGCGUCUUCUGAUCGUGCGAAUUAUUUUGGGUAUCUUGCUACCGAUCAAGCUAUUAAAGAAGGGAGGAAGCGAUUUCUUCAGAUUUGUCUUCCGUCGGAAGUCUGAAAAUGGAGGGGGUACAGGUACAGUUGUUGGCCACAUUCUUGUUGCCAUAUUGUUUGCCGGCAUUCAACUGGCCUCCAACUUUGCUACAGCGUAUAUCAUCAAGAACACACCAGGUUACGAGCAUAUCCCAGCGCCUUUGCUUGCUCUCCUCUUCUGCUGUCGACCCCGCCUGGGUUGGUUCGCCUGCUUGCUAUCCCUUUUCCCGGAUAGCUGGUUGACCAAAUACUUCCACCUGCAACCUGGCACAGGCCCAUUCGUGGACGGAGGUUUGAUCAUCAAUAGAGUAGGUGUCAGCGCCUCGGUGGGUGAAAUCAUAAUGCAGGGUCUUGGAUCUUACUUUCUUGGCAAGACAGCUCAUGUUGGGGUUGAGAAAGGCUUCUAUCUCAACCAUCACUUGACGCCGUUCUACAGGGGAAUGCAAGCGAGGAAUAUGUAUGUUGGAGCUAUGUUCUGGCUCGUCGCUGCUUUCGGCGUGGUCACUGCUUGGAGCGUGUUCCUGGUCUGGCAUGCUGCACUCAUGCAUUUCUACGCUACCACUAAGAGCUGGCUCAAACACGUAGCAGCAACAGCUAUUCCGGAGAAGGUUCAGCCAAAAAGAAUGAAAAGCUGGCGGAGGAGUCGUGCUCCGUCAAGACGUAGUUCAGGUCGGACAUCUCACCCUCCUGCCGGGGAUGAUUAUGUGUGCAUUCUUCGGAGAGAACCUGACCAGCCCGAAGACGAGAGGUACAACAUCCGAGGAGGCGGGGCUUCCGACAUAAACUCUGAAGGGGUAGCUUCUGGAUUCCAGAAUUUCAGAAGGGAAGGUGGCAGCUCAGGAAUAACAUCUGGCGGAACCAGUUCAUCAGAAUACGAUAUACUUCCAGUACGGCCUCAGGACUUCCCACAAGCUUCGACCCCCGUCUCUUCUGCAAGCAGAGGAACUCCAGUAGGGUCUCGAGGAAACGGAUAUGAAGCAGUGCCGUUCAAUCCCGAGAUGACGCAGAUGCGGCCAUCAGACUUCCCUCAGCCACUUAGUCCAAGCUAUAAUGGCCGAGAAACUUACCGCGAAGACAAUAUCCUGAUCCAAAGUCAGCACAGUUCGGCAGACGGCGAACAUGAUCCUAUCUAUAUCCAGCGUGUGAACAGACAGCCGAACUCGUUUCCAGAUACACAAUACCAACCUGCCAACACCGGCGAGCCAGACGAGGGAGGUAAUGUUGAAACGCAGGCUUCACCCUAUGUCAUUCGGGAGCACUUUCCCACGACUUUCAAGGAGUUCCAGCCAUACAUCGUAGGACUGGCCUUCUUUCUCGGCAUAAUAUCCUAUGUUGCGCAGUGGCUAUUUUGGGCGGGCUUUGUGUAUGCUGCUGGUGACCGAUUCUGUCCACCCAAGCUUGGAUUUACUGGAACUGUUUGGUCUAUUGCUGCUAUCCUAGGUAUAUCAACGAAUUUCUUGGCUUGACAUGGUCAGUAUAGGUCCAUAAUCUUGAGCCAGCGUCUGAGAGGCCCAUAGAGGCAGGGGAUAUUAUGAUCCCCACAGGCUCGCGAGCAGACAUUUUCAAGUCGAUCUUUGCUGCUUCCAUGAACGUACCGUCGAAGGGGAAACCAUGCCGAGACUCGAAACCUACGGGUGUAGAAGCGGUGUACAUCGAAGACCACUGCUCGUUCAUAUGUGAGUCGAAAUCAAUCGCAGACUGGAUGAUCGAUUCGAGGUCUUGGAGACAAGUACGUUCGUCUGCCGUCAUCCAGGGCCUGAGAACGUCUAGAACCUUGCUUGAUAGUCGACCGAUGAUAAGCUUUACAGUGCUAGCUUUCCACU